UUCUGCGGUCGUCCCAAAGCAGAAGGAAAUGGCUAAACCAGAGAUAUCCUGAUGUUUUUCAUCAUACGAGACGGAACGGGAUCUGAGGAGAGCUGUGUUGUGUAACCGCUGGUGGCGAUAGCACUCUUGAUGGGAGCAACCGGACAUUAAAAAGAAGAAGAAGAAGAAGAAGAAGAAGCAGCAGCAACAGGAGGUUGAGCUGGGCGGACAUGGCGGAUGGCAGCAGGUUCCCAGCUAUCAAAUAAACGCCAGGCGAAGCGGAGCCGAAGACGCGAGGUCACUGUGGAGGACCUUAACUUAUUUUAAUGUUACAUGGAUAGUCGGGACUCCCCGGGACUGUAAGCCCUCUUCUGAAGCCGUAUGGCGUCCACUCAAGCCCGGAUAGGCCAGCAGGCCUUGGCGGUGCUGGAUGUGGCUCUGAGAGUUCCCUGUAUCUUUAUUAUCGACGCCAUUUUUAACUCUUACUACGACCCUGGUUCAGGAUGGGCUGGUGCCAUGGGAAAGGUGUUGGUCAGAGUCAUGGGUGUCCUCAUCUCCAGCGUGGUGCUGCUGCUCUCCCAGAAAGCCUUGUUCAAGUUCUACACCCUCUUCUUUGCUGUUCUCCUCGGCAUGGCGGCGGUCCUCUUCAACUACUACGCCACCUCCCACAUAGACUUCUACAGCGCCUACUACAAAGCAGCCCUGGGGUUCAGGCUGCUGCCCCGAAACGGGCCGACGCUGUGGCUGGGCAUGGCCGCAGUCCAGCUCGUUUUUGGCAUUGGCUACGUGUUCCUGCUCAACCUCCAGUCGGUGUUCGCUGCGCUGGUGGUUCUGGACAUCAUGAUACCUCUGUGGGGGCUGAUGAUUGAGCUGCCGGCAGACGUCAGGCAGCUGGUGGCUGUGUUCUCGGGCCUGGCGCUGGCACUCAACACGGCCGUGUGCCUGGCCAUGAGGCUCAAAUGGUUUUACUACUCGUGCCGGUACGUCUACCUGCUCGUACGACACAUUUACAGAAUCUAUGGGCUUCAGCUGCUGCUCGAGGACACGUGGAAGCGGAUCAGAUUCCCCGAUGUGCUGCGGGUGUUCUGGCUGACCCGGGUCACAGCCCAGGCACUGAUCCUGGUGUACGUGGUGCGGGCGGUGAGGAGGGAGAGCGGUGACGCCACCGGCGGUGUUGCUGACGGUAGCUCCGACUCACAGGGCUACCUGCUGAGCUGGGACGUGUUCUGGGAUCUGACGAGUAACCUGAUCAUCUCCGGCUGUGAUUCCACGCUCACUGUUCUGGGGAUGAGUGCCGUUAUCUCCUCUGUUGCACACUACCUCGGCCUCAGCAUCCUGGCCUUCAUAGGUUCGACGGAGGAGGAGGACAAGCGUUUAGGCUUCGUGGCUCCUGUUCUGUUCUUCAUCCUGGCUCUGCAGACCGGCCUUAGCAGCCUGGACCCUGAGGAACGCCUGGUGCGCCUGAGCCGGAACAUGUGCCUUCUGCUGACGGCCAUUCUCCACUUCAUCCACGGCAUGACCGACCCCGUCCUGAUGUCUCUCAGCGCCUCCCAUGUCUCCUCCGUUCGCCGCCAUCUUCCUGUCCUGCUAGUGUCCCUGGCGCUCUUUGUGCUCCCUGUGGUGCUCAGCUACGCCCUCUGGCACCACUACGCCCUCAACACCUGGCUCUUUGCCGUCACCGCCUUCUGUGUGGAGCUCUGCCUCAAGGUGGUGGUGUCACUGACAGUCUACGGCCUCUUCAUGGCAGACGGCUUCUCCAACAUCCUGUGGGAGAAGCUGGACGACUACGUCUACUACGUGCGCUCCACGGGCAACAUCAUCGAGUUCCUGUUUGGCGUCAUCAUGUUCGGAAACGGCGCCUACACCAUGAUGUUCGAGUCCGGCAGCAAGAUCCGCGCCUGCAUGAUGUGCCUGCACGCUUACUUCAACAUCUACCUGCAGGCCAAGAACGGCUGGAAGACCUUCAUCAACCGCCGCACGGCUGUCAAGAAGAUCAACUCCCUGCCCGAGGUGCGCGGGGACCAGCUGAGGGACAUCGAGGAUGUGUGCGCCAUCUGUUACCAGGAGUUCGCCACCUCGGCCCGCAUCACGCCCUGCCACCACUACUUCCACGCGCUGUGCUUGAGGAAGUGGCUCUACAUCCAGGACACGUGCCCCAUGUGCCAUCAGAGAGUUUACGUGGAGGAGGAGAGCCGAGACAGAGCCGCCUUUUCUAACAACAACGGGGGCUACGCAGCGCCGCAGGACGCCGCUGCUGCAGCCCCGCCGGCACCAGGGGAGAACCAGCACGGGCAGCCAGCCGCCGAGCUGCCGGACGACGGAGCGGCGGCCGGGGUCCAGGCUGCGGGAGGAUCCGGGGAGCUCGACAACGAGCUGCUGGAGGACAACGACAGCAUAGAGUACGACGAAGAUGAGUGGGGGACUCAAAAUGGCAGCACGCCAAUAGAGGAAGACUAUAUCAAUGAUGACACAGACUCCACCGAGGACUGACAAGAAAAGAUCUAUAGAAAAGAAUAUACAUAUAUCUUUAUUAUAUUUAAGUUAAAAAGAAUUAUAAAACACAACUUCAGCAUCUUAAUUGAAAAAUGUCAGGGAUGUCGUUCUGUUUUUUCUUGUUAGUUUCUUUCCGUUUGAUUUGGGUUUUACUCGAUAAGGGCUCGUGGAAACUGCUGCUGCGUGUGUGAGCGUGCGUGCGUGCGUGCGUGUUGCAUGAUGUAGACAAAAAACUCACUGUUGAACUUUUCUUUUUGGAUUAGGUUAUUAAAAUAAACAAAAAACUAGCGAAGAUCCUGACACACACAGCUGUCUUAACACAGUUUAUUUCCCAAUGCCUCAAAGCUGACACACAUCAGUAAAUCAAAAUGAUCGGAUUACCUGCAGCAUAUUUCCUGGAGAUUCUGCACAGUGUGUGUCUGCCUUGUUGAGAAAGCUGUGGAAGUGUGUUUUUGCCCAUAGAAAAGAAAAGAAAGAAGAAAUGAAUCCACACUUCAGAGUUGUUUCGAUUUUGUCUCGUAUGCAGCCCUCGUGUAUUUGUGUGUGUGUGUGUGUGCGUGUGCGCGCGCGCCUGCCGACUUUUAAUGUGCUUAGACGAUGUCUCAAAGAUGCAGUUCCUGUUCCCUACUGUUUUGUUAUCGGGGAAACGCUCCAGUUUGUCAGUUUAUUAAUGACAAAAUUGUGGAGCGACUAAACAAAUUCCAGCUUUAAUCAGUCUGUGAGAUUCGGGAGUUUUGAGCACUGAAGCUAAGUUUUGUAUGUUAGUGUUUGAAACCUGCUGUCACAACUUUAUCAAGCUGUUUUUAUCCAGCCAACCAAUGAUUGGCUAACAGUCUUCAUCAGGGCUACUCGUUUGUUACGUCUCGCUGGACUUUCGUUUCUUAGUAACAUCAAUUUCACUCACGAUUCGGGCCCCGCUCGCUCCUGAAGUAUUUCUCUUAUUAAACCAGCCUCGAGUGCUCUCAAACCCUCAGUUGCAGAUUGAUCACAGCUCCAGUUUGUGGCACACAUGUCCGACAUUUUUGUCCUUAACGAACUUCAACAGAAGCUUUGUGAACUUGUCCACAGUGAGAAUGAAGGCAGGAGAGUGAAGCAGUUUUCUAUCAACUCUGCACCGACCAGAGCAAACAGAGAGGUGUGUGUGAUUAAAAACAAAAGACGUGCUACUGUAAUCACUGAUAUACCUCUCUCAUUAAUUACUACUGGUCUCUUGUGUGACCUCGCUUACAUUUGUGUACGUUAUUGUACAUAUAUUAAAACAAAAACGUGCGCAUAUUCUCCCUCAUGAUAAGAAGAGUUUUUCUUUUUUUUUCAAUGAUUCGACUUGCUUCGUGUCUCUUCACAGAAAUCAGUAUUUAGUUUGGUUAAAAGCUCGUCACAGACCCAGAAAUUGUCGUUUGUAAGAGCGCUGGUGUGGAGCCAAAAAAAAUGUAAAGACUUAUCGGUUAAAAUGAUUAUUUCUCAAUGCUCUUCAAUUUAUGUCACAGAAACGCUGCUUGAGAGGCCACUUGUAUUGUCUACCGGGUGCUUGUAUUUCUUUUAAAAGGAAAAAAGUACCAGAAUUUGUUUUGCAUGUCGAUUAUUAGUCAUGCUAUAAGAGCAGAUAUGGUGGUCAUAUGGUUGAGUAAAUGCACCUUUUUGUUUCUAAUCACCGGUACAGACAGAAGCUUCCUCGCUCUGCCCACACCAUGAAGACGGCACCUUUCCGAAGGCUCAAACUGGGCUUCUGGUCUCAGGGUCCCACUGCAUGGCUGGAAGAGUAUUUUCAAUAAAUUAUAAAUAAGAAUUUCUGGGCCUAAAAAAUCUAAAGGAGCUGCGGAAAAGAAGAGACAUUUUAGUUUGUAUUUUUUCCUUUUGGUUUAUUAAACCAACAAGCAAUGGUUACCCAGCAGCAAACGUCCUACUGAACACCGAUCCGACAUCUUUAAACUACUGGCAUGAAACUAAGACCCAGACAACAUUUAGGAACCAUGUUUUCACCGUAUUUGGCCGUGCAGAUUGCUCAGUGACUACAGAGGUCUUCAUUAAGAGUUUGUAUUGAAAAGCUUUCAAGCACAGCUCCUGCGAGUAUUACAUUGUUUAGACUUUCACAGCCUGAACGUCUUAAGGGUUUGACUACAAACUCGUGCUCAUUACUGUUGUAAUUACUGGUUGCAGAAAAUAAGCUGCAAGGAAUCGCGAAGUUCUUGUUGAUAAUGAGAAAAAUAUGAGCUCUAAUUUGAUUAGAAAGCUGUGCUUUUUGACAUGUUUCAGCCAUGAAGGACUUUGAUUAUUAGUGUGAUUGUUCUGAAAGCUUUUCAAAAGGUAAAAGCUGUUCAUUUUGCCUUUUGUUUUAAAAAGAGAUUUAUGUAAA